CAAAUCAAUGUUAUGCUAGCGAGUUGUCAGCACAUCUGAACAGCAAAUAUCGAGUGAUGAGACUCGUAUUAGUGUUCGUUUGAUAUUAAUUUAUAACACUGAAAACAAUAAACUGGUAUUUUAGCCUUUCUGUCGUAAGGUUAGCGAACAGCAGGCGAAAGCAACUCAAACUGUAAGUCUACGCUGGUCUUCCAACGGUGGACUGUUAGCAGGUGGUGAGCUAACUGGAUAAGUAGUUCGGGUCCUGUCAGGACGAGAACGACAUGUCCUGUGGCUUGCUGGAGUUUUGUCGUCUCCAAGAGAUCAAGACGGUCAGAGACUACUUGUUACGUGAUCAAACCAAGCCAGUGCAGGAGAAGAAUCAAACAGAAAAUGAGCUGUCAUGGGACACUUCUGACUGGGAGUCAGCGUGGGAAAGUGACAACAACAGCAAAGAGCAAGAAGCCACAUUGGUGGAGGAGGCCACAGAGUUGAGUGCACCCUGGCUGCAAGAAUGCAUCGUAUCUCUGUCACCUUGCUCAGACCUGCUUGUGGUGGCCCACGAACAGAAGGCCGUAUUUCUCUCAGCCAAGUGGAGAACGGAUAGUGGUGGCAAAGAUGAGAUGACUUUGGAUGUGUCUUGGAGUGGAACGCUCAGCACCGAUGAAGGAGAGUGUGUGAGCAGUGCCAUAUGUAUACCACUGGCAAGUCAGAAAAGAAGCUCCACUGGACGGCCUGACUGGACAUGUGUUGUCGUGGGUUUCACUUCUGGCUACGUCCGCUUUUAUACAGAGAAUGGGGUUCUUCUUCUGGCCCAGCUGCUUCACGAGGACCCAGUUUUACGGCUGAAGUGUCGAACGUAUGAGAUCCCUCGCCAUUCUGGUGUAACUGAGCAGCACGAAGAGUUGAGCAUCCUGUACCCUGCUGCUCUGGUUACUAUAGAUGGGUUCAGCCUCUUCCAGUCUCUGCGUGCUUGUCGUAACCAGGUGGCAAGAGCUGCAGCUGCAGGUAGUGAUGUGGUUCAGCCUCCUCCUUUGGCCUAUAAGAAGUGGGGUCUGCAGGACAUGGACACUAUUAUAGACUACUGUAGUGUGGGUGUCAUGACACUCAACGUGUUUGAUCAGAUGAAGAAUGCUUCUAUUUUAGGGGGCUUCAAAGCUUCAGUAAAAGGUAGCCCCCCUGCCAUGAGCCAGUGCGUCACUGUAGGAGGUGGCCCCUACACUGGGUUUUACUACGCAGUAGAGGGAAGCUCCCAGCCUCUUCUCUCUCAUGUGGCGCUUGCCGUGGCCAGUAAACUUACAUCAGCACUCUUUAGUGCAGCCAGUGGGUGGCUGGGAUGGAACAGGAAUAAGAAUGAAGAUGAAGCAGUCCAGAAAAACAGGCCCAAGGUGGAACCUGCAACACCCUUGGGAAUCAGGUUUGGUCUACCAGACUCUCGUCGUCAUGGUGAAUCAAUUUGCCUGUCCCCCUGCAACACGCUGGCCGGAGUGACUGAUGACUUUGGUCGAGUUACACUGCUGGACCUGACCAGAGGGAUUGCUAUCCGCAUGUGGAAAGGUUACAGAGAUGCCCAGCUGGGUUGGUUGCAUGUUCCAGAGGAGCGAAUCAGUCGCGAAAACUCAGCCUCAGCUUCCCUGCCCAGACGCCACGCGCUGUUCUUGGUGAUCUACGCUCCCCGCAGGGGGAUCCUGGAAAUAUGGGCGAUGCAGCACGGGCCUCGAGUUGGUGCCUUCACUGUGGGAAAACACUGCAGGUUGCUGUAUGCUGGUUACCGUCUGCUAGGGGUGAACAGUGUGACCAGUCAGGGCUGGCAGCUCCACACCCAACAAGUAUGUCUGCUUGAUCCCAUCACAGGAGCACUGAGGACUGUCACUGUUCCCUUCCAUCUGGCCCUCAGUGACAAGAAAAGUGAAGGAGCUAAAGAUAUGCAUUUAUUGAAGAGACUAACAACAAUACUUAGGAGCAGUGAUUUGGAAACUGAUAUUUUGGAAAAUGAAGCCAAAAACGUGCUGCUAGAUAUUAAGCACUCCUCCAUGAAAAAAGAGGCUUUGGAGUCUCUGCUGUCUAGUAAGAACAUCCCAGUCUUGUGUCUCACAAACAUCAUGCGCUCCUUGCUCAGCGCUCUGCAACAGGAAGACCCUGAACAAGUGGAUCCAUUGUUACAACAGCUAUGCUCCUCCCAGCUGAAACUGCUUCAGCUCUACACCGAUAUCCAGCAUGCUCACAUUGCUGCAGUUGCUGAGUGCUGCCAACCUGUGGGCUCCCUUGACGGCAUAGAGGGGGAAUUGACCCGCGUGGGUCCUGUCUUACAACGCUACGCCAAGCUCACUUCGAGACCCAGCGUGUCCUUUGUCCAAGACGCACCAGACACACCCUUGUCUGCCCAGGCCUUCCUCUCCCAGAUUGAAUGCACAGAGGAUGGACAGUUGAGGCUCAUCCGCCGAUCUGAAACCGAAUGGAUUCAGUUAGGGAGCUUUGUUUUCUGGGCUUGCCUGUGUGGUAAAAGCCUACCGCAAAACAUUUGUGACAAACUGCAGCAGGCUAGCAUCAGUCCGCAGCAGCUACUGGGUUUGUUGCUGAGCGUGUGGCUGCAAAGAGAGAAGGAGGUUCUUCAGAACACAGAAGAGUGUGUUAAAAACCUUCACACACUACUAAUCCUCAUCAGCAACAUGGGAGGUGCUAUAGAGGGGUCAUGGGACCCCCAGUCUGUCUCCCCCUGGUGGCAGCAGGCCCGCAAUACAUUGGUGCAGUCACACAACUCUGCAGCUGCUCUACUGGCUGCCUUCGUCGCUCAUCGUGCUGCCAAAGCCAACAUCACCAGCAGAGCAGACAGCAAGUUACAGUCCGACUGGGAAGCGGUGUCACUGGAGCUGGAGCACUGGUUGGUGUGUGUUCGUCAGUUGGAAGACGUUGUGGUGCUGCAGACGCUCCUCCUGCUGCCGACGGUUGGAUCAGCAGGGGCCGCUGCAGCGCAGUGUUCAGUAAAAAUGCUGAUGGAGGGAGGCACAGGAGGCGUUACCGACAACGUCUCCAAGUGGGUGUUCAGGCACAACCUGGCCCCCAAACAGCUGAAGGCGAUUCUUCACAAGGGAGAAGAUAACAAUGACAAAACAGAAGAGGGUGCAGGAGAAAGCGUAAAAGAGGUAGAGACAAGUCAAAAGGAUGCCGACAGAACAUCAGAGCUGUUGUUGGCAGUGUGCAAGCGCUUCCCACACUCCCUUUCCGCCAACCUGCUCUUCGCUCAUUGCUGCUGGGAGUAUGUGGUGCAGUGGAACAAAGAUCCCGAGGAAGGUGAACACUUGUGUCAGGCUGUGGAACAUCUGAAGCUUGUCUCCAGUCCACAUAUCCAACUAGGUAUUUGCACAAUGAUGUGGAGUACAUUUAUUGUCAAACGUUUCUCCGCAGCAGCCUUCCUGGUUGAAAAGGUGGGCAAAGCACCAAAGGAUCGCUGUGCCGACGGCUUUGUUGAAAUGUUUUUGUGUGUGCAGGAUGUAGGAAUGGGAGACAAGGCGUUGACCUCCUUCCUGGGCUGCUGUGUCCAGCUGCUGCAGAUCCUAAUGGAGGUGGACUCCGCCGUGGCAGAGGUUCCUGCUCCCGAGCUGUCCGUAGAGGAGAUGUGGUGUGGAGCCGAGGGCCCUGUCUCUAUAGCUGACCUGGCCCUGGAGCAGAAAGGUGUCCACUAUCCUCUGGUGCAGCACCACUGUUUGUUAGCAUCGCUGCUACAUGCCGCCAUGACGUUCAGCCUAAAAGUGAAACCUCUCAGCCUCUUUGACAGCAAGGGUAAGAACGCUUUCUUCCGAGAUCUGACCACCAUUCAGCUGAUGCCGAGUGGAGUCAUGGACCCAAGUUUGGUAUUGUUGCGACAAGAGUUCCUCCUGCGAGUGCUGACCUCCUGGGUGCAAAGUAUAGACGACGCGCCAAACUCCGCCACUGGCAGCAGGCCGCCCCCGCUGCCCGUUAGUGGCCCCAAAGCUGCCUGGUGGCCCUCGCUGUGCUUGGAGUUAGGCAACCUGCUGCAGGUCAACCCUGACGUCCUGAGACGACACCUGGUGUGCCAGCUGUACAAUCAGGGCCUGGACCUGCAGGCCGAGGAGGUGAUGUUAGAAGUGGAGGACAAGGACGUGCUAGGCUCGCAGCUGCUGGUGAUUACAGGACAGAGGCUGAGCUACUCACUGCUGCACAGUCAGAACCAGACGCAGCCCGCUAUGGAGCUGCUGGCCCGAUUGCCUCCCACACUCUGUACGUGGCUCAAGGCUAUGGACCCCAGUGAGCUGCGGUGCCCCCUGCUGCCUCUGCCCCAGACCAGCAGACUGGUGGGCCGCCUGAUUGAGAUGCUACCUGAGAACCACGCCCAGUACUCCCUGGCCCUGCACCUCUUGGAGGCAGUGGACGCCCUCACCACGGAGGACUGACUAAUAACUCUUAUCUAAUCAAGUCAGAUGUAAAUGUCAGAAAGUUUAUGAUUUGUCAUGAGACUUAUGUUCAUUAUUCCAGUCAUGCUAAUUGAAGCUUAAUUAUUUCAGUCGAUUUUUAACCCCAUAUUUUUUGUAUGUUGCAUGACUUAUAAUGCAUUAUUAUGCACAUGUAACUCCUCACUUAUUUGGUCAUUUGUUUCACUCAAAGGUGCAUGACUCAGUCAGGUCUAGUGAAGAAUAAUGAGCUUAUUUUUCUAUGUAGAUAUUAUGCAAGCAGUUGUGCCCGUAGGCCUUUUAUUCUGAAAAUCAAACAUCCACUUCCUCUCACUGGGUCAACCAGAAUAAACACGUUUUCCUGUAGCGCCUAAACUUUGGUUUUAUUGUUGUUUUUUUUUUUUACAUAAGUACAAUUUAUAAACAUGAUUUAUGAUACAAAUGCACUUAUAUGUUCUGUUAUCACAUAGUGACUUCUUGUAGCGAACUCUUCCUCCAUACUUUUAUACACUCAAUAUAAAAACUGCCCUUACAGCAUUCCAACAUAAAUACAUUAAACCGCCUGACAGCAU